AUGGCUCACGUCAUGUUGCUUUUCCUGCCUUGUGUUCUCAGCGUCGGGACGCGCUUGUUGGUCCCUGGACGUGAAGCAGUCAUCUCCACAGAGCCACACAGGGAGAGCAGGAGAGUUCUCACUACGACGGGCAAAGAGUGUAAGUUUCCGUUUCGUCUGGGCGGCCGGCUCCACUAUCACUGCGUCACCAUCCUGUCCUCGAGACCCUGGUGCUCGCUCUCUCAUAACUUUGACCGGGACCGGCUGUAUGGUUUCUGUGCACCGGACAGAACUCAACCAAAAGUCGUCAUCCACACGUCUCGUAGAAUCACGGAUCCAUGUCAGGCGAACCCGUGUUGGAACGGCGGCGUCUGCACGUUGGUCCCACACCGACACACGUUCGAGUGCCACUGUCCUGAGAGAUUCUCGGGGAGACUGUGUGAAGAGAAGAAGUGCUACGAAACCGUACACCUGCGCCAUUAUGACAUCGGAGAGUCUUGGGGACGCAUCCACCUGCGUAACGUGGAACAGUGCACAUGUGUGGCGGGGGAAAUCGAGUGUGAGAGAGUCCGCUACUCAGAGUGCCGUGCGAACAAGUGUCACAACGACGGGACGUGUCGACUCAUCACAUCGACCGGCAAGGAAGUGUGUAACUGCAGGAACGGCUACAGCGGCGCCGACUGUAGCUUCGAGCCGGAGACUGAGUGCUAUAACAGCAGGGGGAAGAGUUACCGAGGGCUGGCGAACACCACGGCGUCUGGAGCCCGGUGUCUGCCGUGGAACUCCGACCUGCUGCUGGACGAGCUGCACGUUGGCACGGUGAUGGCGACCCAGCUCAGGGGCCUCGGCGAACACGCCUACUGCAGAAACCCAGACGGGGACAAGAAGCCGUGGUGCUACACGCUGAAUGAGGACGCCAUCUCCUGGGAGUACUGUGACGUCCCCUCCUGUGUGAUGCCCGUGUCUUCUUCUCGGAGGAUUAUCCCAUUCAAAAAACCAAACACCCGCAAGCCGAGCGGAAAGCCCGUGUGCGGGAAGCAGCACAAGAAGAGGCUGUCGGUAGGAAGGGGGAGAAUAAUGGGAGGAACCGCUGCUCUGCCGGGCACCCAUCCCUGGAUGGCGGCCAUUUAUUUCGAUGAUUCCAACUUCUGCGCCGGCACCCUCGUCUCCUCCUGCUGGAUCGUGUCCGCGGCGCACUGCUUCUUCCGCAACCCGCUGAUGUCUCAGCUCCGCGUGGUCCUCGGCCAGCAGGGCUUCAACAUCACCGGCCCCAACACCAGGACCUUCGGCGUGGAGGAGUACGUCUUCCCCAAGCAGUACUCGGCGUUUAAUCCUACGCUGUACGACAUUGUUCUGAUCAAGCUGAAGAAACAGGCCGGGCGCUGUGUGAGGAAGACUCCGUUCAUCCGGCCCAUCUGUCUGCCGGAGAAGACCACCACCUUCCCCGAUGGCUACUGCUGCACCAUCAGCGGCUGGGGAUACAAGCACGAGAAGGACGUAGGAUACUCCACUCUGCAGGAGACCGGAGUCCGGCUGAUUCCUCACGACGUCUGCAGGAAACCUGAAGUCUACGGCAACCACGUCACCGCCGACAUGAUGUGUGCCGGGCUCAACGGCUGCCACGACGCCUGCCAGGGCGACUCCGGGGGUCCUCUGGCCUGUGCGAGGGAUGAUGUCAGCUUCCUGUACGGGAUCAUCAGCUGGGGCGAGGGCUGCGGCCGCACCGGGAAACCUGGCGUUUACACUAAAGUGGUAAAUUAUAUCGAUUGGAUCAAUUCAGUGAUCCGACCUAAAUCCAAAGCUUCGUGA